CCCCCCGGCCGGGGGCGGAGCGGGUCUGCGGCGCGGCGGGCGAUGGGGGGCGGCGGGCCGGGCUGGCGGCUGGCGCUGGCGCUGCUGGUGCUGCCGGGCGCGCUGGGCAAACCCACGGCGCGGCAAGAGCGCGCGCGGCACGAGGACCGUGCCGGCUUCCAGUACGACCACGAGGCCUUCCUGGGCAAGGAGGAGGCGCGGAGCUUCGACCAGCUCAGCCCGGAGGAGAGCCGGGAGAGGCUCGGGAAAAUUGUGGAUAGAAUAGAUGACGACAAAGAUGGCUAUAUCACAACAGAGGAAUUAAAAAACUGGAUCAAACGGGUACAGAAACGCUAUAUCUAUGAAAACGUGGCUAAAGUUUGGAAAGACUAUGAUCUAAACAAGGACAAUAAAAUCGCCUGGGAAGAAUACAAACAAGCCACAUACGGUUAUUAUCUAGAAAAUCCAGAAGAAUUCCAAGAUGCAACUGACCAGCACAGUUUUAAAAAAAUGCUGCCUAGAGAUGAAAGACGAUUCAAAACUGCAGAUCUGGAUGGAGACCUGGCUGCCACUCGUGAAGAAUUUACUGCUUUCCUUCACCCAGAGGAGUUUGAGCAUAUGAAAAACAUCGUUGUCUUAGAAACCUUAGAAGACAUAGACAAAAACGAGGAUGGCUUUGUGGAUCAAGAUGAAUACAUUGCUGAUAUGUUUGCAAAUGAAGAGGGUGGACCAGAGCCUGACUGGGUGAUUACAGAGCGUGAACAGUUUGCAGAUUUUCGUGACCUCAACAAAGAUGGAAAAAUGGACAAAGAGGAGAUUCAGCACUGGAUUCUCCCACAAGACUAUGACCAUGCACUAGCUGAAGCCAGGCACUUAGUCUAUGAGUCGGAUGUAGACAAGGAUCAAAAACUAACAAAAGAGGAGGUUCUAGACAACUGGAAUAUGUUCGUUGGAAGUCAAGCUACUAAUUACGGAGAGGACCUCACAAGAAACCAUGAUGAACUAUGAUACAGUGUACCAGCCAGUAUGCCACAGACCUUUACUGAAAUCACUAUGUCCGUCCCCUCUUUUGGGUGGGGAUGAUGGGCAAAGGACAUACUCACAACUGAAUGACUUGCAUUAACGUAUUUUUCACAUGUCAGCUUAUUACCUCAGAAACUGCGUAGAAUAGUUUUUUUACUCUUUUCACAUGGUUAAAUACAAUAUCUAAUUACUACAGUUUUAUUUUGGAAAGAAUAAGAAGGUAACUUUUCUUAAUAGAUUAGAGCCUGAUCUGGAAAAGGCACUUCUAAAACAUAAUUGCAAGGACCUGUAAUAGUGAAAUAUUUUCUUCAAAUACACAUUUUUAAGAAGAAAAACAUUUUUACUAUAGUGAAAUGCAACUAGGAUUAGAAAGAAUGUUUAAACAGACUUAAGUUAUUAAGUCAAUUUUUUUAAUAGCAUGUAACAAUUUAUGCUUUGACCUUCCUACACAGAGAAAAGGUUUGACAAAUCAAGAUACACAGCCUUUUUCUCCACACUGUUUUUCUCUCACAGUUUUGGGCCAGAGGUGCUGAAGAAAGUAUCCAGCAGCUGUCUGGCUUGUUGCUUUGGUAGUGCAACAUGUACAACUGGCCCUUCUCUCUAACCCCCAUCCCAGGUCAGAGACAACACAUGUGGCUCAACACCCUGUGUUGGCAUUUCUCAGCAGGGGUUGUUGAGUUCAUAGUGACAGCUGCUUCUCCUGACAACAGAAUAAUGUACAAUUGUUUGUGGGCUGUUGGUUAUGCUGUUUCCUGGGAGGAAUUACGCCACAUGGAGCACAAUUUAUCUCGCGCUUUUUCGCACUUUACCCAAGCCGUACUCUUGUUCACACACUGUGAGUGGCAGUGGUUCUGUGAUGGAGAAAGAAUGAGACAUAUCACCCCUCUGGGCCUUCUGUACCACAUAAGAGGACAGAUUUAUGUGGCUAAAGUUCUGAUUUUGCAUGUAUAUACGUAUAAAUAUGUGUUACUGAAGCAACUACAUGAAGGCAACUUUCCUUCUAAAGAAAGGCAUAAGCUGUCCACACAGGUGCUUUCUUUUUUACUGUACAACGUGAGCUAUUACAUGUAUAUUUUUAUAUACCCAACUUAGAUAAGUUUGGUUGGUUUUAAAUGUACUGGUUUUAAAAUAAGCACAAUAAAACCAAUACUUUUUGAUACUACGAAGGUGCUAUAACAGUAACACAGACUAGCACUGAGAGAUGAUGUGAAGACGGGAAACAAGCCUUUAAAUCCAGUAGUUCUCAAAGCACUAAGUCACUGGCAGCUCCUGCAGCACUAUGUGGUCCUCUACGAUGGACACAUGGCACCAACUGUUUCUUCACCUUAGUAAAAUAAAAAAGCUAGAAAUAAGUCUAAUGUAUGUAGUUGCCAUUGCUAUCGUUAGAAUCUGUGCUGAACACUAACACUGGGAGAUGAGAGGCCCACAACACAGUUCACUUGGAGUUUCCUUGGAGAUCUGGUGUGCAGCGUCACAAGCCAGUGACCACACCACCAUCUAGACAGGAGCUUUGAGACUCCCAGAUCAUGAUAUACUUCAGCAAUUUAACCACUCUGUGAAAAUCAUUAUGAUACAAUGCAGAACUGUGAGCUCCAUAAACGGUGUCAUUUUUAUAAGGUCAUAUAAGAACUGUGGUGAAAUAUGUUACAUCUCCCAAUUGAAGGCAAUUAAUUCCAGAUAUCAGAGUCUGGCAGAGAUUACAUGUCCUUCCUAGCAUGAUUAUUAAGCUUUUGGUGUGCACUUCCUAUGACAUUGCCAGCAAUGUCUCCAAAAAGUCCUUACCCCUUUGACUAACAUACAGUAGGACAAAUGUCAUAAGACAUAAGUGAGUGUUUUUGCUCUUCCAGUACCCUCAAGUUAAAUAAAUGCCUAAAUGCAGUGUUAUCUGAGAAGCAAUAAAAUUGUAUCUUGGCACAUGUAAAAUAUUAUCUGUUUUGUUUAUGACU